CGCUAGCUUCAUCAUGACAACUUUAGACGAACAAUUUAUUGUUGCUGUCAAAGUAGUCCAGAACUUGCCCAAAAACGGGCCUUUCAAACCGUCCAUUGAACUCCGCCUCCGGUUCUACUCAUACUACAAACAAGCAACUGAGGGACCAUGUCGACUAACCCAGCCACCAUUUUGGGACUUAAUUGGCAAGACCAAGUGGAAAGUUUGGUCUGACCUUGGUGAGAUGUCACAAAAAGAAGCAAAGGAACUUUAUGUUGCCGAAUUAAAGAAGGCGUUAGACUCGGUUCCACCGCCUGAAGAACACUACCAUUUCUUCCAGCCAUUCUUUGAAGUGUGCCGUUGUUAAAAACAACAAAGUGGAUAAAAACUGUCAUGUAUAACAAAAUAGUGGUACUGAAAAUAGUUUGGUUUGAUAUAGUUUGGAAGGUGUUACUCAGAAAUUUUGACAUUCUGUUAGGUCAUCUGAUUUUAAAUAUAAGGAUUUUGAAAAUUUUGAUUUUAGGUUUAGCAAUACCGUUAUUUGAUCUUUAUGUUCAAACGUGUCUCCAGCUGACACCUUGAUCACAGGUACGAAGACCUUUAACCUCCAUUGUAUUUUCCAUUCUUUAACAUACACCGCAUUAAGAAAGGUGGGUGUUGGCAGUAUUGACUGCAUCCUAAAUUUAUUGUAAAUAUAUAAUAAAAAAGAAACACCUCACUUUCAGCAAAAGCUUACAAAUUUAAGCACUUCAUAAUUUUUUCACUGGUAGAAAUACUAUUUUGUAGCUUUUUAACUACAAGCUAAUUUAAUUCAAAUUUACAGAAUAAUUUUUGCAAACUUUAAUCCAGCAUUUAUAUCAGUGUAGGUAAAUAUCGUGUUUUUGUAUUUCUUUAUCCACUUUAUUCUUAAUUGUUUUAUAAACGAUGUUGUGUAUACUUUUAACUAUGAACCUAAAGCAAAUAUAUAGUGAAAAAUUAAAUUAUUUGAAUCUGGUUCCAUCUUAUUUCAUAAAUGACGUCAAACUAUUUCAAAAUUCUACUUUGCUUAAAUAAGCUUUAUUACAACGUUCAUC